UGUCUCACUUUCAGUUCCCUGUAUCGACUUUCUCUCAUCCGUCUUCUGCGGUGCUGCCUGAACAGCAUGAGGUCGCUAUGAUUGACAGUGGUUUGAUGUGUGAAACACAUGUUUUCUUUGCUCAAAGCUUUUCAUGUUUACCAGUGCAUCUCUCCUGGACUGUAACAUAUGGCAGUGGUGAAAAGAGACAUUAAUCAGGUAGUUAGAAGUAGGCCGCGAUAAAUGUUACACAAGUGCAUGUUUGACUUGGAAACUGCUGCUUUUUACAAGCAGUAGUUGAGAUAUUACAAUGACUAUGUAGAAGAGGUUCUGAUAUCAUUAAAAUCAUGUGCUUGAUUGGGUUUAAACAUACUGUACGUACAGAAAAUGAACAGAUUAUUAAAAUACUUUAAAUUAUAAAUACCUGUAAACUAAAGAGGUGUUUGCAGCGUGUGAAUGGAUAUGUUGGAUAUGAACUAAGUGCUUGAUCCACCAAUGACAGGCCACUAUUCUGUUAUGUAAAUGUUCUGGCCAAUUGACAAUACCCCCUAUGGAUCUCUAUGGAUAAACACAGUAUAUUCAUGGAAAACAACAUGGCUUUUUGCAGUUAUGGUCUGAAGAUCAAGUGGCCAAGACGUUCUCAGGUGUCAGUUUCAGAUUUAUGCCUUAGUUCAGCCUUUUAUAGAGAUUUGAUAUUCCAGAAGUUAUUUGUCACGUCUUUCCAAGCCCCUAAAAUACAUUGCUUGGUCUCUGGUAAAGGGAGGGUUGAGUCAAGUGGUAGUCUCAGCUUUGGUCUUGACAACCUGUCAUGUCAGCGUGCAAGCUACUCCUGUUGCUGUUACUCCCUGGGGUGGGCUGUGGUCUCAGUGACUCCCCCUCUACCAGCUCCGUUAAUAUCCACUCUGAAUGGACCUGAAUGACGUGCCAGUCAUUUGGAGUUGGUCUCUGCAGGAACCAAUGCAUGGAGUAGCAACUCUGAACAAACGUAGCCCAGACGUACACAUAAUUUUGUGAUUUAUUUGGAAAACUGAGAAAAGCAAAGACUCUGGAGAAGGGGACCGGUCCGCUGAAGCCAUGCGUGCUGAACAAUGCCAGGCCCAAGCUGCUGACUUAUCCAGCCCUUCAACUGGAAGUGUUGGACUGGACAUGAAGGUCCUGGUGGAGUACCCUGAGCCCACUGUCAGUGGAGAAAUGGACGCUUGUGCUUCUCUGGAGCAUGGCAACAUGAACACAGAUGAGAGUGAACCCUACAAUGGACAUACUGAAAGCUCUCAGCAAUAUUCAGAAAGCAGCGGAUUUUUUGAUUCCGACCAGACCCUCAAUAUGUGUGAAACUUCUGAGUUAAGCCAACCACUCCAUGAAUGUGAUCAACAAUGUGAGUGUUUUAAAACGUGCGAGUGCUCUGAACUCUGUGCUAAUCAUAGCUUAGUUAGCGAAUGUAGUCCCUGCUGUGAACACUGCGCACAGCACCUCCAGUUAUUUCAUGAAUGUAAGCCCUCUGAUCAACAGUCACAGUGUUCAGACUUUGAUCCAGACGAAUUGGAUGCAAACUGUGGCACUUUGGAGCAGUGUGAAAUGUCUGGUUUCAUACCUGAAUGCACAGAACACCUUGAGUUAAUGCAACACUACAAGCCGUCAUCACAUCAGCCGUGUGGCUGCUUUGACUAUGAGACAGAUGCAUCAACAGAGGACUCUGAGCAAUGUGAAACGGCCAACAUCUCUGAUUCUGUGGACUCAUUGCACUGUGGUACUGACAUUUGUGAAUAUGACGAGAGUAACAACCAAACUGGAUGCACUGAUGACGAUGAGGUAGAGGAGGAGGAUGAGGAGGAAGAGGAGGAAGAAGAUUAUGAUGAUGACAGCUAUGAACCUCAACAAAAUGAAACUGAACUCAGUGAUGAAGAGUCCCAUAACCAGUCAGAGGACACACCUGCUUAUUCGGACAACAGUGACAACGUCUCCCUUGCAAGUGAUUUGUGUGAGUCACAGCUUUACACCGGAGAACACUCACAGCAAACUACUGCCGUAGACACAUCCCACGAUCCCACUGAGUUCUCUGGAAAUGAUGACUCUGAAACAACCCAAGAGUAUAAGCCAACUCAGCAAUGUGCUUCUUCUUCAGAGCUACCUAAGAAGAGUUUAAUGUUCUGCAUUGAAGAAGACAGUUCCUCUGAUUGCUCCUCGGUGGAAACCAAAUCCUUUAAGACUUGUCCUGAAGGCAGUAUUCACUCUGAUCCCUAUUAUGAUUCGUCCGAGGAAUCUGAAAAGAGAGCUCAGGAAGACUCCAGCGACGAGCAGACGGACUGGGAGUCUUUUGAGGAUGAUGAAGAAACGCAGCAAAGUAACGCCAAUGAAAGUGAUGACGAAAUGAAGAAAACACCUGUUGUUGAUAUCGUUAUUGAAGAUUACUUUGAUUUGUUUGACAGAGGCGACUAUUACGGGCUCAUGUUUGCACAAAAGCAACGUUACAUCUCCUGUUUCGAUGGAGGAGAUAUCCAUGAAGGCCUGUACCGUGAAGAAGAAGAGCAGAAAGACAGUGAGAAAUAUUCGUAUAAAUCUGACGAAGAAGAAGAAGAUGAGGAAGAAGACGAGGAGAUAAAUGUACAAGAAACCGAAGAUUUAUCUGAAGAUGCAUAUGAAGAAGAUGCAGCACCGUCAGAUGGGUCUUAUGACUCAGUGACAGAACCAGAGGAGUUUAUGGUGAAAUCAGAGUCAAGUAUGUUUGUGGAUGAAGAAAAUGAAACAGAGAGCUACAGCCUUUAUGAGGAGGAAGAGGACGAUAAAGAGCCCUUUGGUGAAGAAGACUGUGGAUUUAAUGACCAUGUUUCUGAGGUGUGUAAUGAAGGAGCUGAGACCUGCCCGUCUGCUUGUAAUGAGGAGAGAAUGUUUGCACCAUGUGCUGAGGAGAUCUCUGUUGAAGGUGACGCUUACGAAGACAAGAUCCACAGUCACUGCGAAUGUCCUGGUGAUGUGGCCAAGACACCAAGUACUGACUACAAACAGGAUGACAAGGAUGAGCCUGAAGAUAAACUGCUUCCGACAUGUUCAGAAAUGGAGCCAUACUUGGCCCUUGUGGAUAAUGAAGACACUGGAGAGUAUUUUAAGGCAGGUGUUGAGGAGUACUAUGCAUAUCAUAUUAAAAGCAUUCAGUCUUCCAUUAAACAAACCUUGAACGAACUUGUUAUGAACAGAACAUCAUACAAUAAUAUAAUGAAUGAUGGGGAUGCCUCCAUGAAUGAAGGACAUGUGGAAGACACUGAGAUACAGGCCACCGGAGUCUGCCCAGAGGAGGGCAAAUCAGCCCCAUGUGGAAUCACUGAAGUUAUUGAACUAGACGACUUUGGUGAGUGCAAGUUGGAUGAAAUAUCAAGAGACACAGGACCCCCUCUAGAUAUUAUCCACAGUGUCCCGGAACAUACCAAAACUGAAGGAAAGGACGAGCUAGUGAAAAGGACUGAGAGUAGCACGGCCUCCGAACAAAGCGGGGAUUCAGAAGAGGAGCAAAGUGAUGACGAAUCCUCUGAGAAAUGUGAAUGCGAACACUGCUUUCCACCAGCAGAGCAGGUUCCAGCAGAACCGCUACUUCCACAAAUGAAAUCAAAUGAUGCAGGAAAGAUCUGCGUGGUCAUCGAUCUGGAUGAAACACUAGUGCAUAGUUCAUUUAAGCCAGUGAACAAUGCAGACUUUAUCAUUCCAGUGGAAAUUGAUGGAACAGUUCACCAGGUGUACGUGUUAAAGAGACCCCACGUUGAUGAAUUCCUCAAGAGAAUGGGAGAGAUGUUUGAGUGUGUUUUGUUCACGGCGAGCUUGUCCAAGUACGCUGACCCAGUGUCAGACCUGUUGGAUAAAUGGGGGGCGUUCCAGAGCCGUCUCUUCCGGGAGUCGUGCGUCUUCCACAAAGGGAACUACGUCAAAGACCUGAGCCGUUUAGGACGAGACCUCAACAAGGUCAUCAUCAUAGACAACUCCCCCGCUUCCUACGUCUUCCACCCCGACAACGCAGUUCCUGUAGCGUCCUGGUUUGACGACAUGUCGGACACCGAGCUCCUGGACCUUAUCCCCUUCUUUGAGAGACUAAGCAAAGUGGACGACGUGUACGGUAUUCUCCAGCAGCAGAGGACGUCCAGCUAACACAGGCACCAUGCGAGGCUGAGAAGACUCUCCAGUGGCUGUGGUUAGGGGCCAUGGAGGCUGGUGGGCCGCGAGCUCCACUCUGCUUCCCACUACAAGGACCACACUGCAGAAUGAAACCUGUCAUCAUUUAAUCUCAUGUUGGAUUAAAAAAAAAAAGAAACUUCCAGCUUGGUUUAGGACUCCAGCGUUGACUAAUGUAGCCACUGUUUUUUUUGUUUGUUUGUUUUAAUGCAGAAUAAUAUGAGAUUAAAUGUCUUGUGUAGAUACCUUUUGCAGUGCAGCUAGUGUGUGAUGUCGUUGUUAUGUGACAGCAGCGACCUCUGUUGAAGCCAGACUGUGUGAAGAGUCGUAUGAACCACCGUGUAGCCGUCAGUGCAGCAUUUAUUAUUUGAAACACUCAGGACUGUCCUGUCAAACGAACACAAUCAUCAUCCGAACACUGCAAAGAUUUGAACCACACACUGGAGCGUUUCGAUUUAAAAGACGUGUAAUAGAGAGUAGACAUUCACAAAGUUGUAGGUGAUUUACAGUAAAAGGCUCAUGACAUCCUCAUGUUACUGUAGCUCAACCACAAAUUAGUAAUGUUUAUAGAAAUUAUAAUAUUUGUCCAGACCAAAACAAAGUCUGGAUUUAUUGUACUGUGUGUGCUGCAGCAGUGGUGAGAUUAUUAAUGUAAAUAGAGGAUAUCAAGACUUAGCUUUUAAUGUUAUUUUAUCUAUUGUCAUUUUAUGUGUUCAGUUGUUAGUUGUGUCAACACAGUGUGCAGCUAAUGGGUAAAGAAAUCCUGUUUUAUGUGUGUGUGCAGGAGGAAGCGUCUUAGAUAGAAGUUUGAUCCUGAAGCCUCCUGUUGAUAAACUUGAACUGAGCUAUUUCACAUGAACUGAGUCCAGUGUGUUGCCGUACUGAUGUGUAACAUCACUUGAGUCUUGAUUCACUUUAGUGUGUGUGUGACUUUGAGCGUGAAAGCGUCAGCGUGAUACACGAUAAACCACAAAUCUUUAAUUAAUAAUUGAAUUUUUUUUUUUUUUUACUGUAUUCAACAAAAUUAUUAACUAAUUAUGACUGAAGUAAAGAAACUGGUUCAAACAUGUGUGUUUUUAAACUUCUGCUGUAAAGACUGGAAAAAAAGAUGACGAGACAUUUUUACCUUGCUUCAAUAAAGCAUGUUUUAUUGAAACAGUCA